AUGAUAAAAAUAUUCGGGGAUUGGGAUAAUUCGUAUGAGAUCUUACCUCAUUAUCUUGAAGCACUCAAAAGAGAAAAUCCGGGGACUGUCUACGAAGUAUCUUCGGACCCCGUUGAUGGCGGAGAACGGCGGUUCACCGGUGUAUUUUGGGCAUUUGGGCCCUGUAUUGAGGGGUUUCGAUAUUGCCGUCCUCUUCUUAGCAUUGAUGGAACUCACUUAUAUGGUAAAUACAAAGGCGUUUUGCUUGUUGCAACCGGAGUUGACGCGGAUGGCGGGUUGUUUCCUUUAGCAUUCGCAGUGGUUGAUGUUGAAAAUACAGAGAAUUGGGCUUGGUUUUUUGCAUGCAUUAGAUAUCAUAUCCCUAGUGUGGGGACGCGGUCGAUUACAUUCAUAUCCGAUAGGAUGAAAGGAAUUCCAAGAGCACUCCAACGACAUUUCCCGCCACCACAUGCACAUCGCUAUUGCUUGCGACAUAUUAGAGACAACUUCAAGAAGAAGUAUGGAAACGCUCAGGUUCAAGACUUACUUUGGCAAGCCGGUUGUGCAACAGAAAAAUAUGUUUAUGAACAAAUACGAGAGAGGAUCAAGUUCACUUCACGAGCCGCACAUGAUUGGAUCGAAACUAGUUUGGGUCCAAACAAUGUUGAUAAGUGGGCUUUAUGUGAGGAUGGCGGUCGACGGUUCUGUAUGAUGACUACGAACGCGUCUGAGAGCUUCAAUGGCGUGCUCAGGGGAGCACGCGGCAUGCCAAUACAGGCACUAGUUGCUAAAACUUUUUACAGGCUUAAUAAAUUCUUUGUUCGACGUCGAGAACUUGGUGAAAAUAUGCGCUCCCAGCUAACACCGAAGGUUGAUGAAAUGCUAGCGGCUCGGAUUGUACAAGCUCGGUCCUUUCAGGUUGUACGAUACAGUUUUAAUGAAUGGGAGGUGCUCGAGGGAAUAACCCAUAGAGAAAAUCGCUCUUACAAAGUCAAUAUGUUGGUGGAUCGCACUUGUACGUGCACUUGCAAUGUACCGCAACUACAAUUGAUUCCUUGUUCACAUGUUGUAGCAGCUUGCUCCGACCUACAGGGUGGUGCUCGCAUUUCACAUUAUGAAUUUGUCGACGCUUGGUAUUCUGCAUACAACUAUCAACAAACCUACAAAGAGUGUUUUCGUCCACCAUACGAUAGUCGACAUUGGACACAAGAUGGGCCACGGAUAUUACCUCCAUUGUAUAAAAGAUCGGCGGGGCGCCCUCGUUCCGUGCGUAUUAGAAAUAGUAUGGAUGACGGACGUGAAGGAGCUAGGAGGAGAAAUAAGUGCAGUAGAUGUGAUCAACCGGGUCACAACAAAAAUAGGUGUCCAGUUAGUAUUAGGCGUUGA